GCCAUGAAUGAAUCUUCUGACGAUGAAGCCGAUCUCUUCAACGAAUUGCUUUCCGCUGCUGAGCAACCCAGUGCUGAGCAAGUCGAGCAGAGUAGAGCCCAAGCGCAGGACGAGGCUGACUUGUUCAAUGGUUUUUUUGAGGACGGUGUAGGUCUAGGUGGGCCUUCUGAGCCUGGCGUGAACACUGAUGAUGCUGGUAUCGUGCAAGUGCCUAUGACACACUGGCUGGGGAAACCAGACCAUAUGAGAAACUUAGGGUCCAAUUUACAGAUUGCAAUGUAUGAACAGUUCAUCCGCUUCAUGACAAAGUUUGGGGCUCUCCCCAAUCCAGAUUGUGGCCCUGAGGAAGCUGACAAAGGUCCACCUUUGAUGACUGGCAUAAUUUUAAAAAAUUUUGUUGGCUCAUCAACAUUGAAGUCCAUGGCUGUAGUCGCAGAGACAGCUGAGAAGUCGGUUCAUUCCUUGAAAGAUUACUUGUUCAGAUGUGGUACUUGCAUCGUCCAUGGGAGUGCUUGGAUUAUUGGGGCUUGCCUUUCAGCUUGGCGUCAAUUGUUUAGAAACGGCAGGUUCUUACCAAAAGUAUUGGUCCACAAAAUGCGGUAUGAUGAGACACCUCUGAAAAUGAAAUUGCAGGAGUACAACCAGUUCUUGGUCCAGGAAGGCCAAACACCGAUUUCUGGGGAUCAAUCAGAAUCCAGGUAUUGUAAAAUUUUACGUUUGGAAUGGGAACUUGGGUUCCUCAUACUGGACAAAGCCAGUGGAAAACACAAGUACAUGACCCUUGCAAUCCCCUUGCCUCUGACAGCAGUGAGCCGCAACACCUCUGAAUGUUUGGUCAAAGUCAUUGACAAUGCGAUGACCCGCUUGCCAGAGUUGAAAGCCUUCGAGAACGAUUUCGAACAUGUGAUUCGCUUGGCAGUAGUGGAUCGUUUCAGCGCAAAUUUCAAAGCUGAAAGACACUUAAGAUCAAGGUCUUCAAACAUGAUCGCAUGUGUGAUCUCGUGCGAUGUGCACAGAGCAUCAGGGUGCAUCAAGAAAGGGUUGUCAUUGGCUGAGGCCGAUGGCAGCCUGAGCGGCCUUGUCAACUUGGGACUGGCCCUUGAAGGAAGUGGAGUCCUGUCAAGGAUGCGCAGCAUCCUACAGGAUAUAUUUGAUCAAGACUUGAUCGUGGUCAUGGGCCACCCCCCGGAUGAGCAUUCUGAAAGUUUUCUGCACAGGAAAGGCGUUCUGGACUUAUUUCUCCCUAUCCAAGGUCCAAAGUCAUUGAAGCGAAGAUAUAUUUUACAGACCAUGUGCAACUCAGACAUAGCCGGUGAGGAAAUCAUCCAUUACUGUUCGUUCAACUGUUGUGCUUCACCGGACCACUGCAGGAUGAUAUUUCAACGCUGGGUUACAUGGAGUCUUCUGCCAUCCAAGAUGCAAGUUUUGCAACGUAAAUCCUGGACUGGCAGUGAUGUUGCGGUGCGUUGGGCUGGUCUGCUCAAUGGUUUUUGGGGCUUGCUGCCACGUGUCAUACUCCGUCUCCUCCAGCCGAACCGCCAUUUGGGCAAUCCUGGUCCUGGUCCUGCCCAAGAAGAUGCAGCUGCUGCAGCUGAAGCCGCUUCAUUGCCUGCACUGGGUGAUGAUCCUUUGGUUGAGGACAUGACAGCUUUUAACAAGUUGUUGCAGGAUGCAGCUGCAGAAGCAGGAACGAUGUUUCAUCCUGAUGAGCAGCAGGAUGCAGAAGAGCCAGAGUCAGAGGAAGGGAUGGAGGAUGAAGUUCAAGAUGAUGUGGGUCCUGGGGCUGGGGAAGGGGAACGGGGCCAGGAGGUUGAAGGGCAAGGUGAGGGUGGAGAAGGGACCGACUGGGCCAAGAUCAACAGGCAAAGGAAGUACAAGGCUGGCCUUUUCGUGUGCCUGGCUGAUUUGCAGCAGAGGCUUGUACUCACCGCAGUGGCUUUGGAACCUGGCAUGGCCAUGCUCCAUGAAGCAUUUCGACUGGCAGACUCAGAGUUUGAAAUCCAGCAACAGCGGAAAGUGGUUGCAGGGGAAGAAAGAACUUACCGUGUUUUGGAAACUGCUAGGGCUACUUUGGUUAACAAAUGUUUUCAAGAAGUCUCUUUGCGCAUACAAACUGUCGAACCAGCACUGCCAAAACGAUGCUACACUUUGAGUUCAAGGUCUUUUCUGUUUCGAAUGAUGAGUUCUUUUCUUUGCAAUGUCCAUGCAACAUUGAGAAGGUUUCACCUUGGUUUCCCAUACCUGCUUUUUCGGAUUCUGGAUGGGAAAGCUGGGGCCCGUGCUGUCUACUCAGCCAAACAAUGCUCUUGGGACGAAUUGGCAGCGACUUUUUUCACAAAGUACCCCACCUUGGAGAGCGGCACUUCAGAAGCUGCCCUUGCAUUCUUGCAAUGCUUGGCGCUCAUGGUGGAAACAGACAUCAGCACUAUGGAAUGCGGGCAUAGCAGCAUCAGAGAGUACACGAAGGCACGUGGCAGAGGUCAUGCUGCGAAUCUCCCAGAGGUCAGCGCAAAAGCUGUUUGCCGGUUCAUCGCCAAACACCACAACCACAACUUUGCUGACCAUGAUGCAGCCAAGCAACAGGAGGACCAGGUGUUUCCAGAGGCGCCUGUUCAUCGAGCCAGUGGGGGUGGAGGCCCUUGGAGGGCAUUUUUAUCUGAAAGGUGCAAGGGGGUGAAGCUCAGUCGGGAAAUCAUUCGAAACUUGAAGCAUGAGUACAGACAAUUGUCACCUGAGGACUAUUCUCAUUUCAAACAAAUUGGCGCAAUUCUUACUGCGCAACACAAGUAUCAAGCGUUGCGAGGCAAACAGAUCCAGGCAGAAGCAAACCAAGUGGCUGAAAUUGCAAUCUCCAGUCAGGAUGCACUUGCUGUAGCGAACCCUAGUUUUGCUAUGGACGGGGACAACUUUGACUCGAGGUUUUCUUCUUUCUGUCAAAUUGUACAUGCCGAGCAGAAGCAAAAACGACAGGACAAACUCGCAGCCCAGACUGUUGAUGACCCGACAGGGGAUGGUAGCCGUGACUUAGCAGCCCAGGAGCUGGCAAGGUUUGGUGGCCCAGGCUUUCUGCAUGGCUUGAGGCAUGCACCUACAGGGAAAAUGGUAGUGGAUCAUUUCCAAUGGAAACUUCCAAUGGUUCAAUUCCUGAAAGCUUGCUUGCACGAAAAGGCUAGGAUUGAUGGACAAUUGCGCCUAAGUGAUAUGGUUAAUCAGUGGAUGAAGGAUCAUGAACUUGUUCAGCAUGAAGAGCUUGCCAGUUUGCAACCAGGCCCAGCAAAACAGUUUUCAUUGUCACCAUGCGCAAAGCUGGGGACAUGCGUGUGUGGGCCAAAAGGGAAAGAGUUCCUUUUAAUGUGGCACAAACUUCGUUCCCAUUUGAAAGAAGCCCAUCCUGGUACUCAGAAGAAACCAUCCUCGGAACUGGUCCGCUACAAAGAGGGCCUGGUGGUACUGGAGCUUGCUUCUGAAGAGAUUCAUGACUUGCUUGCGCCUGGCAGCGGCAGGGAAGCAGGUUCUGAAACAGUGUAUUUGCAUCUCGGGUUCACCAACUUUUCGACUUGGGAGACUGCCUGCACUCGCUUGCUUCAUUGCUUCUACAACCCAUUCACAGGCCAACUCUUGUUGCAGACAGCGGAUGAUAUUGAGGUACGCACUUGCCUCCAAUUCCUCAAGUUGUACUUGAAUCCUGGCAAGCCAUACUAUUGUCGAUUCUUGAGGAUUGUCAGUGGCGAUUCGGAAGUUGAUGAGUCUUUCAUGCCCUCAAAGUAUGUGGAUGUGAUUCUUGAAACAGGGAGUCAAUCACAUUGCUUUUGGCGUGGUAGUGAUGUGGAAUGCGCACCCAAGAUUUCAAAACAUCGCAAGCGUGAGCCUCCAAAACCAAAACCAGGGGAUCCUGACCAACACGACCGCAAAGAGGUGUUUGUUCGCAGAGUUGUCGCUAGGACCGCUAGGACUAGGAAGGUGCAACAAAAUGAGGGGGCAGGAGAGGAAGGAGUUGCUGAUGACACGGGAGAGGUGGGGUCUGCUAAUGAUGACAUCUCCAUACCUUCGCAAGAUUCAGAUACAGAUGCCCAUGAGGAUCAGGACAAGGAAUUGGACCAAGCGCUCGAUCUCAAUGAUCCGGAUCAGCUUCUUGCUGUGUUGGAGGGGCUGGGUGAGGAGGAAGUUUCAGAAGAGGAAGCGGCGGUUGAAGCUGAGGGCAACCCUGAUGAGGUUCUUGACUUGCUACAUGAUUUGUGGUCAGGUGUUGAUUCAGCAGAAAAUGAUAUGGAAGAAGGGGGUCUUGAAGCGCCUGUGGCUUGCUUUCCAGUCCAUCCCGAACAAACUGCUGAACCUGCACUGCAGAGCGAACUUGUUGCUGCUGACCACAAAAGUAGUAGCAGCAGUAGCAGCAGCAGUUCCAGCAGCAGUAGUAGUAGUAGCAGAGCUGGUGAGCAAGCACGUCCUUCUACAGCACCUCGCCCCAACCGCAGCGGCCCCAGCAAUAGCAAUCAAGCCCCUCGUCCAACCCCUGCCACUCUUAGUGAAGCUGGAGCUCAAUCUUCAUCACUUCUGGAUCCCAGCACUAUCUUCAUUGGGCCCUUCACAAUCGUGAAGCGAUACCACCCAGUUGAAUCGUACUAUUGCAAGUGCGCUCUUCAUUCUGGUCAUGGAAGGCAAUGCGUCAAGUCUAUGCAGACAAACCAGCCUGAUGAAGCUACUGUUCUUCUUCGUCUUCGCACUUGGAUUGUCAAAGGACUGGAACUGGACGAUGUGCCAGGUGAGGCUGCUGAGGACACCAGGAAGAGACAUGUGCGAAUGGUGCCUCCAAAGACAGGAUUGGAGACCGCAGAUGUGCUAGAUGCAAAGAUCAAACGCCUUUGCGAACUGCAAGGGCUGUCAACUUGAUUGGCCGGUGGACUGGGCAUAAAUAAAC